AUGUCAAACAUUUUCUCAUUUUUCUAUAACAAUUUUGUAAAAUAUUUACAUCGUAACUUCACAAAUAAAUACUCCUACUUGAGUUUUGGAAUCACAAAUUGUAUCAUACUUGAACGAAUAAGUUCACCAAUAAAAGACGAUAAUAUAAAUAAAACUAUUUCGCUUGAACGCAACCCUAUUAACCAUGUUAGAGGAUACUACGGAAUAAAAGGAUUUUUGUUCAACCUAAUGGAAGACAGAAUCGCUCAUGCGGAGGAGAUUAAAGAACAUAAAGAUUGUUGUAAUUCCAGUGAGGAAAAGGAGAUUGUUUUGACAGAUAAGGCACUCGAGAAGAUAAAGUUUGAGAUUGGGACCUAUGAAGUGGUACUUUUCAUGAAGGGGACUGCCAGAAAGCCACGCUGCGGAUUCAGUAAACAGGCUCUGGACAUUUUAAAGACACUGAAAAUCGAUACCAUAAGAACAGUGGAUGUUUUGGAGGACAAGGAACUAAGAAAUGGACUGAAAAUAUACUCAAAAUACCCCAACUUCCCUCAACUCUACGUUAGGGGCGAGUUCGUGGGAGGCCUAGAAAAAAUACAUAAAAUGUAUUCAGAAGGAACUCUAGAAAAGUUCAUCAAGGAAUAA